AUGUCCUCCAAUACCAUCACCGUCACCCUCAGCCAACUGGCCAAAAUGAUCGAUCAUUCUUUACUACAUCCCACUAUGACCGACGCCGAUAUCACAGACGGUCUGCGAAUCGCUCGCACAAACAACGUGGCUACCGCCUGUGUAAAACCAUAUUUAAUUCCCCUGGCUAAAAAGGAACUCACUGGCAGCGACGUGCUCGUCUGUCCGGUGAUCGGGUUUCCACAUGGCAAUAGCACAACGGAAAUCAAGGUCAUGGAAGCCACCGCUGCUGCAAAGCAAGGCGGAAAGGAGAUUGAUAUGGUUGUGAAUGUGGGUAAAGUCCUUGGAGGUGAUUGGGACUAUGUCACGGAGGAAAUUCGACAGAUUAAUGAGGCGGUUACGGACCACGGAGCCAUUCUCAAAGUCAUCUUUGAAAAUGAUUAUCUCCAAGAAGAACACAUUGUGCGUCUGUGUGAGAUCUGUACGCAACUGGGAGUUGCCUUUGUCAAGACGUCGACUGGAUAUGGGUUUGUAAAGCAGAAUGAUGGGUCAUACAAUUACCGCGGUGCAACGGUUAAGCAUCUCAAGCUAAUGAGGGAAAACUCGGGGCCAAACGUGCAAAUUAAAGCCGCUGGUGGUGUGAGGACUUUAGAUGAUCUAUUACAUGUUAUGAAACUGGGUGUUACUCGUAUCGGUGCCACAGCUACAGUGGCAAUUCUGGAGGAGGCGAGGAAGCGUGGAAUUGGCAAUGAGCCGACUAAGGUGUCGUUCAAACCCAUGAGUGAAGAAGGUCUGGGGGGAUAUUGA